AAGCAAUUGAUAGGAUAUAGUAGAGUCAUAACAGAUUAAUAAGUACACAGAUUGAUAAGAACAUAUAGAAUAGAGUUACGAUGUCCAGAAGAUACGAUUCCAGAACCACCAUAUUUUCACCAGAAGGUAGAUUAUAUCAAGUUGAAUAUGCACAAGAAGCCAUAUCCAAUGCUGGGACAGCCAUUGGGAUUUUAUCAGAAGAAGGGGUUGUAUUGGCUUGUGAGAAGAAGUUUACUUCCAAGUUAUUAGAUGAUGAAGGGUCUACUGAAAAAUUAUAUAUUUUAAAUGAUAAUAUGAUAUGUGCAGUUGCUGGUAUGAAUGCUGAUGCUUCUAUAUUAGUUAAUCGUGCUAGAGUUACUGCUCAACAAUAUUUGAAGACUUAUAAUGAAGAAAUGCCUUGUGAAAUGUUGAUUAAACGAGUUUGUGAUGUUAAACAAGGUUAUACUCAACAUGGUGGGUUAAGACCAUUUGGGGUUAGUUUCUUAUAUGCUGGUUACGAUGACAGAUAUCAAUUCCAAUUAUUUACUUCUAAUCCAUCUGGUAAUUAUAGUGGUUGGAAAGCAACUUCAAUUGGUGCUAAUAAUUCUGCUGCUCAAACUUUAUUAAAAAAGGAUUAUAAAAAUGACUUAAGUUUAAAAGAUGCUUGUGAUUUAGCUAUAAAAGUUUUAUCUAAGACUAUGGAUAGUUCAAAUAUGAAUAGUGAAAAAUUAGAAUUUGCUACUUUAAGUUUAUCAAAGCAACAUGAAGGUAAAGUAAUUCAAAAAAUUUGGAAAGAUCUGGAAAUUGAUGCUUUAAUUAAAGAUACCGGGGUUUUAGAUGAAAAAAAUCAAGAUGAUGAUUAG